AUGCCCUCCAGACGUCUCAUAGCGGUGCUCGGAGCAACAGGGGUCCAGGGUGGCUCUGUUGCUCGAUACCUCUCGACACAGCCGGAAUACGACAUUCGAGGAGUUACACGCAACCCUUUCGGCGCCGCGGCGAAGGAGCUGGCCAGUCUUCCCAAUGUUUCGGUGGUGAAGGCGCACUUCAAUGAUCCUGCUUCGCUCCUCAAGGCGUUCGAAGGCGUCGAGGUGGUCUAUGCAUUGACCAACUUCUACGAUCCAGAGAACCAAUCCAACCUCCUCGCCGAGGCGCAGCAGGGAAUCGCCAUUGCCGACGCUGCCAAAAAAGCCGGUGUACAGCUCGUGAUUUGGUCGACAGUACCAAGCGCCCUACUGCGAACAAAGGCACAGUUCGCCUCUGUCCCCUUGGUCGAGAAUAAAUUUUACGUUUCAGCGUACCUAAAGAAGAUCAACAUGCCCCACGUUGACAUGUACCUGGGCUUCUACUACGACAAUUGGCGCAAUUUCCAGUGUCUCUCGGUCGGUGCAGACGAUGUGAUCGAGGUCACCCAGCCCGUCAUGAGGCCGGAGACGAAGAUAGGGAUGAUCUGGACCGAGCGCGACCUCGGGCCCACCGUCGACGCGAUCCUGAAGAACUACCGCACCAAACCGCUGGUUGGCGGAGAAGUCUACUGCGUGGGCGGGUAUCACAGCACCUCAGACGUGGCCGAGGAGAUUCAGAGGCAGACGGGGAAGCAGACGCGGGUGGUCACUGCACCAACGUCGGGGUUCAAGGACCUGGAUGUCAUGUACGAGUAUUACAACGACCACAGCCUGUACUCGGAGUUUCCCAUUCCGGAGAAGGAGACGCUGGAGCUUGGGAUCAAGUUUCAUUCGAUAGAGGACUUUGUCAAAGAGGUCGCAGUGCCUCAUAUCAGUAUGCUAACAAAGGCAAAAGCCCAGUCGACGAAAAAGACCAUCAACGAGCUCACCGACAGGCUGGCCGAGGUUGAAGCACGCUUGGCCCAGACGUCACAGGACGAGAGUAUUUCUCAAAGGCCUAGUAUAAUAGACAGAAGCACUCCCCCAGAUCCGCUCAUUGAGCACUUUUUGGAUGCAGGAGAAGAACUGAAUUCUUCCGCAACCGUAACUGGCCCAUACGUCACGACCAUGCCUGAGUGUUCUUCCUCGACACCAAUGGUUUUCCGAGACAUCGACUUGGACUUCUGGGAGCACGUCGACGACACGAGAGCCGACCUCGCUGAAUUUUCCGACCUUGGACCGUCGUCAAAUAUGGAGACGGUGUAUGAGGCCGGAGUUGAGUCCAUGUCAACGUUACUGGAAAACGUGGGACCCGAACAACCUCUGUCUCGGAUUUCGCCCAUCGCUUCGCAAGCAAGCCGGAAAGACAAGUCAGUGUCACCCAAUCAAAGUCCCGGAAGCGGCCCAAACUACAAUGCAACCAGUUUCGAUCAAGCUUCGCAGACUUCCGAGGACGAUAUCACGCAGCAGAUAUCGAAGCGACUCGGUCGUAUGUGUCUGACAGAGGACGGACACAUGCGGUACUUUGGCGCCACCAGCCAUCUCUCGAUGCUGCCGAACGACCUCAGAACCAUCUAUCGACCCGACAUGCGCGUGUUCCGGGAGGAAGGCGAAAUCGUGGUCAAGCGGGCGCACCUGGGCUGGACUCCCGACCCCGAAUACGAGCUCCAUCUGACACGGCUCUACUUUGCGUGGCACAACACUUUCGUCAGCGAGGUGGAGAAGGAGAACUAUUUCCAGCAGAAAGAGCUGUACUACAGCGGCUAUGAAACCGCGCUGUUCUCGCCCGCACUGGAGAACGCAGUUCUUGCGAUCGGCGCAUUGUACUCGACCAGACGACAUCCUGCCAUCCAGGACAGUGCCUCGGACUUUUUUGGCGCGAGGACCCGGUUAUACCUAGAAACGGAGAUGGACCGUCCGACGAUAGCGACAACACAAGCGGCAGUGAUUCUAUCUGCUUUUGAGUCGGCGAACGGCCAUGAUUCUCGAGGUUGGAUUUACUCAGGCGUGGCAGUCCAGAUGACGACGGAUCUUGGGCUACAGCUCCGUCUCGACACCAACGAUGACUACCUUGGAAGCGAGGACAAUACGCGAAGUCUUGAGGACGUUCGUAGAAGUCUCUUUUGGACCGUGUAUUCUGCGGACAUGAUGCGAUAUGAUGCUCCUGGUCUGGAUGCGUUGAACGACGGCGAUUGGCAGCCAUUCCAUUCGGACGGCGAAGCGAUGAAGCUGCCGGCUGCUUUCGACGGUUCUGGUAUUGGAUCAGUCACCGCAUAUGUGGUGCAGAUGGCCAUCAAGCUGCGAAAGAUCUACGACACACUAUACUGCGGGACCGCCUCUGGCUCCGAAGAUGCCAGACUGUUCGUUCCCGCCAUGGCCAAACAGCUCCAGCAUUGGCUAACAGCGUUACCGCCGGCGCUUCGUGUGGACUAUGGAGAAGAACGGCCUUCUCCAGUUCCAGCGCCGAUUGUGCUCCAGCUUCACAUCUUAUACCAUCAGAUCCUGAUCAUCCUCAAUCGGCCGUUCGUUGUGCACGAAUCAGACUCCGAGAUCCUCGCUGGAGAGAACUGCACCAAGUCUGCCGGGAUUAUAUGUCAACUGCUGCAAGUGUUCAAGGCCAAUUACGGGCUACGAUAUAUCAAUGUCCAAGCGGUUGCGUCCACAGUCACCGCCGGGGUUGUGCACGCGUACGACAGCUGCAUCUACUCGGGACCGAAGGGUAAAGCGGCGCAGCAUAACUUUGUGGUCUGCAUCCAGGCCCUGGCUGAAAUUGGCCAGUCCUUCAGAAGCAGCAUCCACGGGCUCGAAGUGAUAACCUCCCUGAGACGCGCGUGGCAGCACCAGAUGUUCAAGGAAACCAGAGCGAAACGGCGCUGGAGAGGGUCGUCCGAAAUAGGAGGAGACCAUCUGCAUCGUACUCCGACCUGA